ACAGAAGGACAAAAGUACCUUGGAGCUGCUAUUGGAAACAAAGAUUUCUGCAAUAACUUCCUGCAAGAAAAGGUGACCAAUUGGAAGUUACAAGUAGAGCGACUCAGUUGCAUUGCCCAAACUCAACCACAAGCUGCUCACUCGAUAUUCACACGGGGUCUGAUUGGACGCUGGAAAUUUGCACUCAGAACCAAUGAAAACUUUGCAGAGUACCUUAAUCCUCUGGAGGAGGCGUUACGAUCCAAACUGAUUCCCGCCAUAACCAAUAGAAGUACUCCAGGAGACAAGAUGAGAAGGCUUUUUGCAUUACCACCUCGACUAGGCGGCCUUGGAAUUGUAGAUCCACGUUCGUUGACUUGUGAGCUGGAAUACUCAAAGUUAAUUUGUGCGCCACUGGUCAACCGAAUUGUGCAACAAGAAACAAACCUGGAUAACGUUCCUACCAAGCAGAAUUCUAUGAAAGCUAGCAUUCGCCAGCAAAAACAUCUAGCACAAAAGUCUCAUUCUGAAAUCACUGUCAAUGAUCUAUCUGUGGAAUUGAAACGUUCAGUUGAAUUGGCCUGUGAGAAGGGUGCCUCCUGCUGGCUGACCGCAAUCCCACUAGAGCAACACGGAUUCACUUUGCACAAAUCUGCGUUUCGGGAUGCCCUGUGCCUCAGAUACGGUUGGCACCCGUCCAACCUCCCAGACAUAUGUCCAUGUGGAUCUAAAUUCUCAGUAGAUCACUCUCUGUCAUGUCCAACAGGAGGAUACCCCAGCAUCCGCCAUAACGAGGUCCGCGAUUUAUUUACCAACUUGUUGACAGAGGUUUGCCACGAUGUACACAAAGAGCCCGUUCUGCAACCUCUCAACGGCGAGGUGUUUCAAAAACGCUGUACUACCUCUGACGAAAAUGCCAGACUUGAUAUUGCUGUCAGUGGAUUUUGGGGUGGGCACUUCCAACGAACUUUCUUUGACGUCAGGGUCUUCAACCCUAAUGCCUCAUCCUACAAAUCAGUGCAGAUCCCGUCAUUAUAUAAACGGCAGGAACAAGAGAAGAAAAGGCGAUACGAGGAACGAAUUAAUAACGUGGAGCUUUCAUCGUUCACGCCAAUCAUUUUAGCAUGCACUGGAGGAUGCAGUAAACUGACGUCUAUUUUUUUGAAAAGACUAGCCUCACUUUUAUCGGAAAAGCACCACACCGAGUACAGCACAACUAUCAACUGGCUGAGAUGUCGACUGUCAUUUGCACUCCUUCGGGCCUGCGUGAUGUGUUUGCGAGGAUGCAGGUCCAAGCUUCACAGAACCUCAAGGGACUUCAACAUUCUGCUGGAAGCAGCAGAAAGUAGAUUAUAGAAGACUGUUUAUCUCAAAGUUGUUACAACCUAGAAACUUGUUGCUAUAGAGGAAGCUUUUACAUACAGUAGUAGUAUUUUGAAAAAAGUAGUAGAGAUUUUAUUAUUAUUAUUAGUAGUAGUAGUAGUAGUUUAUUCAAGUAGUAGUAGUAGUAGUGUGUUAGCAGAUGCCGUUUGAUUGUUCAAAUACACCAG